CCCCACAACGGUAUUUUUCCAUUUUUUAGUGACAGCCAUGAAAUAUCGCAUAAAUUGGUCCCCCUUUCCCAUAUUGUCUCCUCUAUUUUCGCUCUGUUCUGACCUCUAUCAACCAUUUCCGACUCCCUUUUCAUUUUUAGUCUCUCUUCUUUCUGCCCUUUACUUUUCUUGGCCUUCUUUUAACUUGAAGACAAGAAUUUUCCAAUUCAAGAUUGUGUAGCAUGAUAUUUUUAAUGGGUUUUUUUUUUAAAAGAAAAUUUUGAGGAUUUUAUAAAAGAAUAUUAAUGGUUAGAUUUGUCGGUGGGGAUAGUGAUCAUGGUCAUAUGAAGUUGGGUUGGAUUGCUAGUUGAUGCUAUAUUGCAGAGGAUCAGAUGCAAGAGGAAAAGAUGCAGUUCGCAAGGCUUGAUGAUUCACCGAUGUUCCGGCAACAGAUCCAAUGUUUGGAAGAGAGUGCUGAGAAUUUAAGGGAAAGAAGUGUAAAGUUCUUUAAAGGAUGCCGGAAGUACACAGAAGGUCUUGGAGAAGCAUACGAUAGGGACAUUGCUUUUGCAAGUGCUCUUGAAACAUUUGGAGGCGGUCACAAUGAUCCCAUUUCUGUUGCAUUUGGAGGCCCUGAUAUGGCUAAGUUUGCAAUUGCUCUGAGAGAAAUUGGAAUGUACAAGGAAGUUCUUCGAUCGCAGGUGGAGCACAUACUAAAUGAUAGGCUACUGCACUUUGCUAAUGUUGAUCUUCAAGAUGUCAAGGAAGCUCGUAAGCGUUUUGAUAAGGCUAAUGUUACUUAUGACCAGGUCCGCGAGAAGUAUUUGUCAUUGAGGAAAGCACUAAAAAUGAUGUAGCUGCUGCGUUAGAGGAGAGGGACGUUCCAGGAACUUCAUAAUUCAAGAUCUGUGUUUGAGCAAUCACGGUUCAAUCUGGUCAGGUUGGUGCUCUUUCUACUGUUGAGGCAAAGAAACGAUUCGAGUUUUUGGAUGCUGUAGGUAGUGCAAUGGAUGCUCAUCUUCGUUAUUUCA